CGCGGCGCCAUUUUGGCGCGGGCUCCGGCGGGCGCGGCGGCAAGGCCGGAGCAGCGGCGCGAGAGCCCCGCCCGCCAUGAUGUCAUCGCCGCCGCCGCCGCCGCCCUCGUCCUCGUCGGGGCCCUCGGGGCGCCGCUUCGACGCGUCGGACCGGUCGGCGUGGUACGCGGGCCCUCUGUCGCGCGCGGAGGCGCAGGGCCGGCUGCAGGGCCAGCGGCACGGGACCUUCCUGGUGCGCGACUCGUCCACCUGCCCCGGCGACUACGUGCUCUCGGUGUCGGAGAACGCGCGCGUCUCCCACUACAUCAUCAACUCCCUGCCCGGGCGGCGCUUCAAGAUCGGCGACCAGGAGUUCGACCACCUGCCGGCCCUGCUGGACUUCUACAAGGUCCACUACCUGGACACCACCACCCUGCUGGAGCCCGCGCCCAGGUACCCGCUGAUGGGUUCUGGUACCGGCUCUGGUGCAUCGGCUGCAGAGGAGAAUGUGGAAUAUGUUCGGACUCUUUAUGACUUUCCUGGUAACGAUGCGGAGGAUCUACCAUUUAAAAAGGGGGAGAUACUCGUCAUCGUAGAAAAGCCCGAAGACCAGUGGUGGAGUGCCAGAAACAAAGACGGGCGCAUUGGGAUGAUCCCUGUCCCCUAUGUUGAGAAGCUGGUGAGAUCGUCUCCUCAUGGGAAGCAGGGUGGCAGGAAUUCCAAUAGCUAUGGGAUCCCGGAGCCCGCCCAUGCCUACGCUCAGCCUCAGACCUCCAGCCCUCUUCCCAGUGCCACCCACACUCCCGGAGCGGUCAUCAACCCCUUGCCUUCAACCCAGAAUGGACCAGUCUAUGCCAAAGCCAUUCAGAAGAGGGUUCCCUGUGCUUAUGACAAGACUGCCUUGGCGUUAGAGGUUGGUGACAUUGUGAAGGUCACACGGAUGAAUAUCAAUGGUCAGUGGGAAGGAGAAGUCCAUGGAAGAAAAGGGCUCUUCCCUUUCACGCACGUCAAAAUAAUUGACCCUCAGAAUCCCGAUGAAAACGAAUGAUCUGCUGGUCCAUCUCUGCAUUGCUGCUUCCUUCUCCUGGCUAUUUUGAGCAUCAUUUGAAGUGCGGUGGUUGUUGAUGGCGCAUCCUAAGGAUUGCCAGUUGCUCAUGUUUCCAUCUUGCAGUGAUUUCACCAGCCCAGCCAUGUCUCUUUUGAGAACGCACCUGGUAGUCCGGCAUUUGCAGUUUCUCCUAGAAGGUUUUUGGACCGUGGGCUGAUUGUGGUGCUGUCUAGGCAGAGGGGGAGGGUUUGAGACAUCCGGUUUCUUUGCUGAAUACUUUGCUCAGAAAGAGAAUUCUAGAUAAUUUUGUCUAACUCCAAACAAUAAUAAAAAUGCAUUUUCAUGAGGCAUGGAAGAUGAGAGGACAUAAUCAUGUUAAACAAUUACGUCUUUAGAGAAUUGUUGAUGCUUCUGUGUUACAAAGAGAGGGUGUUUUUUUUUUGAGUUUGCCAUUGAUUUAGAAUAAAUUGUAGCAAACUCUUGAAAACCACAUUUCCACAUUGUCAUCUUUAUAACCAUGUAUAAUUGAUUCAUUUGCCAUAUACCUGCCUAAACCUCUGCUUGAUUCAGAUUUAUUUAGAUUUGAAAUGAUACUCCAGGCACUAAAUACAACCUUUUAGAAGAACCUUAUACGAGCUUUGAUGAAACUACAUUUACCCCUUUAAAAUCUUGGUGUUUUUUUUUAAAAAAAGCAAAAACGAAGCAUUGAUAAUCAGUUACCAAGAACGCAACAGCAACAACUCAAAAGAUACUCUUGGGCCUUUGUUUUCUGCGUGGAGGCGCAGGAGUACAAAGUCAUGGUGAAAUCAGUUCUCUGUGCUAAGUUUAAACCCAGUGAAAUAUGAUAACGAAGAAACUUGAAUGUUGGUUAUAGCAUGUGAAGCCCUUGACUCCCUGAGGGACGGUUUUGAAAGUUCCCUGGUGCUGAUCUCUUGCGCCGUUGAACCUCAAGUGCCUUAACCCGAGGACGACAGGUGCUGAAAGGGACAGUUGGAGCCGUUUGGUCUAGAGAGAAACCUUCCGGAUCACCAGCAGCGCUGGGCAGGGGGCUGACAUUCUGGGGAGAGGGCUGCCCGGGUGCUUUGUAAUGGACUACAAUGUGGCCAUUCUAUUAAGUGCCUGGGCACGAUUGAAUGACUGUCGUACUACUGAGCUUUGUGUUAGGGAUAUUUAUGCUGCACUAAAUGUCCGUCUGCCAUACCAUAGUUCUGCCGCACAGCUGGCCUAAUCCUACGAACAAUCCAGACAAGGGCAGUAGCUGAGCUGUGUUUUGCCUCGCUGGGCUGCAGAGGGAGCAAGGACGCCUGGAAUUCGGCGAGUUGUGAUUCUGCCGGGCUACUCUAGAGCAGCCAAGGCUUUUUCCCUUUCCUUUGGUUAGCUCCACUCUUGGUUGCUUUCUUGGUCAAUGGAGAAUGAAGUGUCAUAGACAACCACGCCAACCAUGUCAAAGGCCCCAGGAAGGGAAGCGGGCAGUCGGAGAGUGGACUCGGAAUGGCUUUGAUCAGAGCUGGUCAAGGCAGUUCAGGUGCAGCAGACUAAAUUAAUUUGAUGGUACAUUUUAAAGGCAUCCAGAUGUUGGCUACUUUACUGCUUUUUUCCCCUCUGUUUUGGUCUUUCCUACCUAGAGAAGUCGGAAGUGCUUUUGAUUGUGGAGGUCCUUGCCGUUUGCUUACGACUAUUGCAUUCAGAGAGCCUCCUGUGGAAUCCAGCUACGCUCUGCAUUAUUUUGAGGAUUAUUAUUUUUUUCGGUCUGUGCUUUGUCAUGUAGGUAUUGAAAGCCUCGAAGGUGACUCAGAAAUGAGUUCGCUCAUUGAGCAGGAGAAGGGUGCAAGCGGGGUCCAUCGGCCGCGGAAGGCCUUCUGUUUCUUCCUUGCAACAAUUGAUGCCUCAGGUUAGCAGGGAAGGCCUCUUAAGAGCUGUCCCUCACCUCAGAUCAGGGAAGGUCUUGCAGGUUGUCUAAUUAAGGAGCGAAAAGCAUUUGUUCUGAUUAUUUCAUACGUGUUUUUAUUUUACUUUGCCGAGGGGAGGGGAUUGGAGGUGAAAUAUUGUAGAAUGAGACUGUCUGAACUCCAGUUUGGCUGCCCCACCAGUCAUAUAACGUUUUCUGGUGUCUCCAGUGAAUGCGAGUUGGGGAAAAAGUAGCCUGAAAUUCACGCAUCUUUUAAAGUCAGUGAAGCAUCAUUUGAAUUCUGGGCAGUUGGGAGGGGGACUCUCUGACAGCCCCUCCAGGAAGAGCUGGGGGGGGGGGGGCGUGCCUGGCCGAAAUAGGCCGCCUGUGGGAAAGGCCUCCGGGUGAGCGUGAGAUACAGGAUAGCCCACAGCUGCAUAGUGGGUGGAGCAAGAGGGUCAGAAGGCCCCCCCCCUAAUUUAUCAGUCUCUAAAGGAGACGGUGGGAUAGUUGUACUUUCAGACUUGCGAGAUUCGGUUAACGUAACUGUACAAGAAAGCUAUUAGGUCCAAACCUAAAGAUGAAAUCAGAUUAAAUCCUUCCUUAGUCUACUUCUAAUGGCGGAAUCUUGCCAAACUAAAGCUAUUACCUUCGACCUUAAUAGAUGAUAUUAGGGUGGGUGGACUAGAAGGACCUCCAAGGUCCCUUCCAACUGCCGUCAAUCCUAAGAGAUUCUAGGUGUGGAUACCCUGAGCCCCUUUCCCUACUCUCUGCUCCUCCGGGCGCCCGCUCCCAUCACGACGGAUAGGAUUGGCUUCUUUCACCAGGUUUCCCGUCUGGUCUGGUGACCCUGUCCAGCUUGCAAUCUUCCAUCUCUUUCCAGCCCAAGAAAUCGGGGAGAUGCCCUCCCGAGGCUCUUGCUCUGCCCAGGUCUUUCUCACACACCCCUGCAGGCUGCCCGUCCCCUUCUCCAGGCCGAACAGAGUGGACGGAGGCUCACGCUCACCAGGGACUGGCUCCUGGGAUCUGUGGACUGUGCCUCGCUGUUUUGAGAGUUUGUCAAGGGUUUUUUUUUAUUAUUUUAUGCUACAAAUUAACAGUAUUAAGUAUAUUUUUAGAACAUGUGAACUGUGUUUAAAGUUAGUGCCUUUUUGUUUUCUUGAUAAUUAUAAUUCACUACUGGUCCCACAUCGAGCAAAGGAAUUCAGUGCCCCUGUUUGUGUUACUUUCAAUAAAACAUGCAUCAUGUUUGC